ACAGAAUGUAAUAUAAAAUACAUAAUAAAUUAAUGAACUAAUUUAUAUGGAAGACUCAAAGGACUAACUUAGAUCUACCUUUUGCCCCCCGCUAAAUGAUAACAAAAUAAGGGACAUUAGUGUUCUCACGGUUAUACGUAUUUUUAUGCGGUAAUCUAUUUUCAAGGGUAUUUAAUUAUUCGAGGUCGAUUACGUUAAACAGCUGUUUUGAUAAGGUACAAACAAAAGAAAGACGCAAACAUGUUCUUGAAAAUAACUUCUGCAUUUUUACUAUUAUUUAUCACUUUAAGUGCAAGUUAUAAACCAGUUGUUUUAAUUCAUGGCAUUAUGACGGGAAGCGGGAGUAUGGAAAUUAUUAAAUUCAGGAUAAAAGAGAAACACCCUGGUACAGUUGUAUAUAAUGUAAAUAGGUUUGAAAGUUGGUCCAGUUUAGAAACAAUGUGGCAUCAAGUGUUGGAAAUUGGUCUAGAUGUGGCCAACAUCUCAUCCAAACAUCCAGAAGGUAUUAAUAUUAUAGGAUACUCACAAGGAGGUCUAGUUGCGAGAGGUAUCAUACAAACUUUUCCGAACAUAACAGUGGAUACUUUUAUAUCUUUGAGUUCACCACAAGCUGGACAGUAUGGAGCUGGUUUUCUCCAUGUUGUGUUUCCUGGUUUGGUUAAGGAGACGGCAUAUGAGCUGUUUUACUCCCGUUUGGGACAGCACACUUCAGUAGGCAACUAUUGGAGAGAUCCAUAUCAUCAAAAGCUUUAUGAAACAUACAAUGUGUAUCUACCUUAUAUUAAUAAUCAUAUCAAAUCUAAGAGAUCCAAAGAUUUCAAGGCCAACUUGUUGAAAGUCAAACGAUUGGUCCUUGUUGGUGGUCCUGAUGACCAAGUUAUAACACCAUGGCAGAGCAGCCAAUUUGGAUACUACGAUGGUAAUGAAACUGUGGUGGAAAUGAAGAACCAGGAUAUUUACGUGGAGGAUCACAUCGGGCUGCGUUCACUGGAUAUGUCUGGUCGUCUGCAUCUCCUCACUGUGCCAGGAGUCAACCACUUCGAUUGGCAUAUGAAUGUCAGCAUAGUUGAUGAUUUUCUAUUACCCUACUUAGAUUAAACGUGUCCCAAUUUUUAUGGCCACCAGUGUAAAAAUUAAUUAGCAAUUAUUAAUGUCAAUAAUCAAUUUUUUUGAAUGAUUUUGUAAACUAGUUAUUAAAAUUUUAUCUUAGCUACCGUAACGAGUCGUAAUAUAAUAUAGUGAUAUUAAAAACGGGUUUAAAACAAGAUGGCGGUUGAAUUUUUGGUAUUGACAUUUUAAUUUUUUUUUAAAUUGACUAGCCAUGAACAAAAAUGAGAUUGACAAAUGUGAUAUUUACAUUAAUAAAAGUAGCACCAAAGAUCAAUCAUCGAGUCUUUAUAUUAUAACAUUUAAAAAUUAAAAAGCCAUAUUGAAUCUCUUAUAAUACAAGCUUCUUUGAACAAAUCUCAGUAAUUAGUUAGUGUAAUUUUUUUUCUUCAUUAAGAAUAAGUAGGAGAAUUUUUUUUUAUUAUCGCGAAUUUACUUUCGUUAGAUCUGCGUACAAAAUAAUGUAAUUAAUUACAUUAAUAAUAUGUAGUUAUGGUAAAAAUGUAUAAAAAUGAUAAGGUUUUAAUGUAAAAUAUUGUAUAGCCUGUCCAGGAAUAUAAAAUACCACGCCAUGUUGCGGAAAAAUAUUUAAUUUCUUUGCGAUGUAAUAAAGAAGUCGGUUGUGGAGCUCCUAGGUACGGAUUUUAUAUUCUUGGUUAGUCUGGUUUUCAUUUUAUAAUCACUAUUAUAUUAUUUUACUUGAUUUUUUAAACCAAAAUUAACUUUUUAAAUUGCUUAAACAUUUUUACAUAUUUAACAUACCCUUAUGUCUUACAUUUUGCUCUCUUUUCUUUGUUUUUUGUAUUUAAAAUUAUAUGUUAAGAGGAAUUACAAAAAAAUUGUAAUUUUUGCUCCGGAUCUUUUUUUAUUAAGACAGCGCCAUCUGUCGAUAAAACUAUGAAUAAUUGUACAUGAUAAUUUGAAUUCUGUGCAGUUACAACGUUUUUUCCUUGCUUCUUUGAAACUAUUUGUAUCUGUGCCAAAUGUUCUUGGCACAAUAUUAUAUUUGAACUAAAUGGAACCGUAUUUUAAAUUACGUUUACUCAGUAAUCUUUGUUUUUCUACGUAAAGCUUUGGUUUUGUAGAAUUUUGUAUCACAACAUUUAUCUUUUUCUAAUCUCAGGAAUUACUGAUCUGAUUAUUUUAUUUAUCGGACAGCCCAGUUAUUAUUCGGUUCCACUUUUUUUUUUAUAGAAAUUCGUGACAAAAGAAACAGCUAGUCUGAUCUUGUUUUGCAUGCUAUAUAUAAUAAAAAACCUGGUCUCCAAUAAGUUAUGUCAAACCCGCAAACAAAAGAAUCUGGCUUUGUUACAAAUUAAUUUAUAACAUACUAGCUGUCGCCCGCGACUCCGUCCGCGCGGG